UCAACCUUCCGCAAUGCUGUCGUAUGAGAGUAUGAAUCAGAGCCAACGCGAGUUGUAUGACAGAGUCAAGAAUGCAACCAGGUGGCUCGAGCUGUGCGACAUGAUUGACGAUGAAGAAGCGAAGGCGAUUGCUGAGGCACUCAAAGUGAACACGACGCUGACUGCGGUCUGCCUGGAUGAGAAUCAGCUUGACGGUGCUGGAGCACAAGCGAUUGCGGAGGCACUCAAAGUGAACACGACGCUGAAGGACCUCUAUCUGUGGGCGAAUUGGAUUGGCGAUGCUGGCGCACAAGCGAUUGCUGAGGCACUCAAAGUGAACACGAACCUGAGGUGGCUCGAUCUGAUUGAUAAUCAGAUUGGCGAUGCUGGAGCACAGGCGAUUGCAUUGGCACUCAAAGCGAACACGACACUGACUGAGUACACUUUGGAUAAAAAUCAGAUUGGCGAUGCCGGAGCACAGGCGAUUGCAGAGGCACUCAAAGGGAACAUGACGGUGCAGAAGCUCUAUCUGAGAGGUAAUCAGAUUGGUGACAUUGGAGCGCAGGAGAUUGCUGAAGCACUCAAAAUGAACACGACGCUGACUGAGCUCGAUCUACGAUCCAAUUGCAUUGGCAAUGCUGGUCUUCAAGCGAUUCGUGAAGCGAGUCAAGUCAACCGAACUCUGACUAGACUUAAAAUCGAUGACCAGAUCAACCCUCUUGCAUUCUCCUUGCUUUCACGAUUGGCAACUGCUGAAGACCUUCAGACCGUGUUUCACUUGCUGACCUGCGAACCAGUGCUGGAGGCUCAAGCCACAUCUCUACCAGCACUACCAACCGAGCUUGCCGAGCUCAUUAUGAACGAAGCGCACUACUGGCAAGGCGUACAUCACACCAAGCGAUCGCGUUUUUAUGAUGAUACUCCCAAGCGUAUUCUGAAAGUCACACUUCCUCAAGGCCUCAAUGGGAAUUCAAUCCGUGUGAAAGCAAUUCAAGUGCUUCGUGACAUGAGAAACCGUUCUGGCAGCAUCGAUGACACCGGCUUUAAUUUGGUUGUCCGAGAUGAGCAAGGUGCUAUUCGAUACGAAUGCUCGGCGGCACCGACUUUUGUCGAUUCGCACCUCGGGCUUGUGACAAUCCUGCCAGCCAAUCAUCCUGUCAUCCGACAAAUGCGCGCGGGUUGGCAGGUUCAAGUUCGACCCAACAUGUCGUUCAUCGAUGUGCUAUUGGAAAGGCUUUAUGUCGGGUACAUCUAAGAGCAAUCUUAGCAAAGCACCCCUUUUUGAAUGCAACCGGUCCCCUCAUAUGAUUCUCUAGCUUCAGCCCGCUGGUCAGCAUGUCGAGCACUGCUUGGAUCUCGUCAGCACUCGCAAAUCGUGCAAGUACGGAGAAUGCAAGAGGGUUGAUCUGAUCGUCAAUGGCAACGAACAAACGAUGAGCAAGGUUGUACGGAUUUUCAUGGUCAAUGGAGAGAACGUUCCUCAGAGAUUUCUGAAACAAGAACGACAGAAUGCAGCAGUGCCGCAAGACUGCAGAGGAAGGAACCCACGUUGGGGGAAAGGUACUGAGGACACAGGAAGAUGUAUUUUCAAUGAAAGUUCAACAACAAAGACAA